ACUGUCUUCGGGCAGCGGUCAGCUUCCCCUUUUCCCGUUUCGGGCAGCCCUCCAGCCUACCUGCACGCCUUCACUCAUUCCUCUCACUCCCCUUUUUCCCCCAUUUUCUCUCUCCUCCUUUCUAGAGAGAGAAGCUUAAACUAACCUUUUCUUGCAUUGUUUGUUUCUUAGAUAGAGUUUUUUAGAGAGAGAAACUGAUUUUUUUAGAGAUAGAAACUGGGAAAAGGUGUACAGUGUAAAAGGUCUUGGAAUGUGAGAUUAUUAACAUAGAGAGAGAAAAUAAAGUUGAAAUUUUUGCUCAAAGGAAGGGAAAGUAGUUUGGUUGCUCUUAAACUAUGGAAUGUUGCUUUUAAUGGGUUUUGUUUGAUUUUUGAGAUCAAGUUUUUGUUUGAUUUUUCUGGGUUUUUUUUUUUUUUUUUUUUUUUUUUGAAAUUUUUGUAUUUGGUUGACAAUGGUGGAAUUGGGGAUUGUUCUUCAUUUGGGGUUUUAGGGUUUUUUUUAAGUUUGAUUUUUUAUGGUUUGAGAAUGUUGGGUUUUUGGAUCUGAGCUGAGGUGAAUUCUGAAGUUGUACAAGAAUCAUGUGGGUGGAGGUGUUAGCUUCUCUUUUGUAUAUUUUUCUCGCAUUCAAAUUCACUUCUGCUAAUGUGGAAGGGGAUGCUCUUCAUAGUUUGAGAAACAACCUAGAUGACCCUUUCAAUGUAUUGCAAAGCUGGGAUCCCACCCUUGUAAAUCCCUGUACAUGGUUUCACGUCACUUGUAACCCAGAUAACAGUGUUAUAAGAGUAGAUCUAGGAAAUGCUGCAUUGUCAGGUCAACUGGUUCCAGCUCUUGGCUCACUUAAAAAUCUUCAAUACUUGGAACUGUACAGUAACAAUAUCAGUGGGCCAAUACCUAGUGAGCUGGGCAAUCUGACAAACUUGGUCAGUUUGGAUCUCUAUUUGAACAGUUUCAGCGGUCCAAUUCCCGAGUCUUUGGGCAGGCUAUCAAAGUUGCGCUUUCUUCGGCUAAACAACAAUAGUCUGACAGGCCCCAUUCCUAUGUCCUUGACAAAUAUCACCUCGUUGCAGGUCUUGGAUCUAUCAAACAACCGUCUUUCGGGAGCUGUUCCAGACAAUGGUUCCUUUUCCUUGUUUACGCCAAUAAGUUUUGCUAAUAACUUAAAUCUAUGCGGUCCUGUCACUGGGAGGCCAUGUCCUGGAUCUCCACCUUUUUCACCACCGCCUCCUUUCAUACCACCACCACCAAUUAAUAAUCAAGGUGGUGUCAGUGCCACGGGAGCAAUUGCUGGUGGAGUGGCUGCUGGUGCUGCUUUACUGUUCGCUGCCCCUGCUAUAUUAUUUGCCUGGUGGCGGCGUAGGAAGCCUCAAGAGUAUUUCUUUGAUGUCCCUGCUGAGGAGGAUCCGGAAGUACAUCUGGGGCAGCUUAAAAGAUUCUCUUUACGAGAACUGCAGGUCGCUACUGAUAGUUUUAGCAACAAAAACAUACUUGGGAGAGGAGGAUUUGGUAAGGUGUAUAAAGGACGCCUUGCUGAUGGAUCAUUAGUUGCUGUAAAACGUUUGAAGGAAGAACGUACUCCUGGUGGUGAGCUGCAAUUUCAAACAGAAGUGGAAAUGAUCAGCAUGGCUGUGCAUCGAAACUUGCUCCGGUUGCGUGGAUUUUGUAUGACACCAACAGAACGGUUGCUUGUUUACCCCUAUAUGGCUAACGGGAGUGUUGCCUCCUGUUUACGAGAACGUCCACCAAAUGAACCGCCACUGGAUUGGCCUACACGCAAACGAAUUGCAUUAGGAUCUGCAAGAGGACUUUCCUAUUUACAUGACCAUUGUGACCCAAAGAUCAUUCAUCGAGAUGUAAAAGCUGCCAAUAUAUUAUUGGAUGAGGAAUUUGAAGCAGUUGUUGGUGACUUUGGCCUGGCUAAGCUGAUGGACUACAAGGACACUCACGUGACUACAGCUGUACGUGGGACCAUAGGACACAUAGCUCCUGAAUACCUGUCUACUGGAAAAUCUUCAGAAAAAACAGAUGUUUUUGGUUAUGGUAUAAUGCUUCUGGAAUUAAUCACUGGACAGAGGGCUUUCGAUCUUGCUCGACUUGCGAAUGAUGAUGAUGUCAUGUUACUUGAUUGGGUUAAAGGACUUCUCAAAGAAAAGAAAUUAGAAAUGCUUGUUGAUCCCGACCUUCAAAAUAAUUACAUUGAGGCAGAGGUGGAGCAGCUUAUUCAAGUUGCGCUUCUCUGCACACAGGGCAACCCUUUGGAACGACCCAAAAUGUCAGAGGUAGUAAGGAUGCUUGAAGGUGAUGGUUUGGCCGAGAGGUGGGAUGAAUGGCAAAAGGUGGAAGUUCUUCGGCAAGAGGUGGAUUUAGCUCCUCACUCUAACUCAGAUUGGAUCGUCGAUUCAACUGACAAUCUGCAUGCAGUUGAAUUAUCUGGUCCUAGAUGAAUGCCACUCCCAAGUGACAGAAUCAAAAAGAAAUUAAUUUAAUUAACUCCUUUUUUUCAUUAUAUUUAUUAUUAUUAUUAUUAUAAUUUUUGUUUUUCUCUUCAUCUUUAGGCGUGUUCUUGUAACUGGGAAGUCGUCCCGAGUGCCUAUUUUUUUGGGGCUACAUAUUUAUUUGUGUAUAUGGACAUGGACCUGUUUUGGAGGGGCAA